AUGCCCUCGGUAGGCGACGCGCCCGAGAUGCCGGUUCCCCCGGGCGCCUCUGCCUCUCUUGGGACUUCUCUGCCGGCCCUCUCUCCGCUGUUUUCUUCUCCGUCUGAACUCUUGUACACGUUUUCCCCCCUCGUUGUUUUGUUUGUGUGCUUCCACGCCAUAAGUUCGAAUUCCCCCUCGUCGCCGUCUCUCUCGAUUUCUGCCUCGAUUCGCGCCUUUCGCUUGCACCUGGCCGUAGUUCACCGUAGCCUUCCUUCGUCCUUCUCUCUCAAGGACCUCGUCUCCCCCGCCCUUCUAUGUCUCCUCUUGCCCUAUGUCUCCUUCUUGAUGCUGCGAGUCCUCCCCGUCUGCUUCUUGGAGCAGUCCAUCCCGCCGGGUGCCAUUGCGGUGACGUACAAAGAACUCUUCCGCUCUCCGGCGGUCUUCUCUGUGUCCCCUCCCAGUCGCGGGGAACUCGAAACCAUGAGAAAGAAGCAUGUGUUUCUCUCCCUGCUUCCCGACACAGGCGCUUUGUCGCCGCUCAUUCGCUUUCUUCUCCAUCCCUUUUACCUUUCCCAAAGUUCCGUGGUCUUCUGGCUCGGCGUUGGCCCCUUUCUUCUCUACUCGUGUGCCCAGUACAUACAGCGGGUCACUGAAGAAGAACGCGGGGGAAUGACUCUCGCGCGCCAUCGAGCGGGACCCCAGUACUCGUCUCCUCGCCUCCGUUCAGCAAUCACGAUUCUCAUUUGCGUCUACAUGCCCGCCGUCUUCAUGACGUGGCUCACAACCCAUGUUUUUCCAGGAGCUGCGGAUGGACCUCCGUUUCGGUACCUUGGAGUCGAAGGCGCAAUUUACGCUCUCGCCGCCGUCGUCUUCUUCUAUGACCCUGUGGUCCACAGCGGCAUGUUUGCGGAUCCGUCGAUCCAGUUUCCAGUUCCCCUUCACGUCCGCAACGUGACUUCCGUCCUCGUCUUUUUCCUCUUCCUCUUUUCGCCUCCUCCCGGUGACCUGUUGCUGCUUCUCUCCGGCGCGCUCUCUGCAGUGCUCGCCAUCACCGCGACCAGUCUGCCCCCCUUCUUCGGCGUCUCCGGCGCAGUGGCGGCGAUCUCUACGGUUACGUCGGCUGUCGCAUUUGGCGCACACCUCGGCGUCUCCCACACAGUCCUCUCCUCUCUGUCCUCCCUCUUCUUCAUCGACUAUGCUCCCCUGCAACAAGAGCAACAGGCUCGAUUCUCGUCCUUACAGGGAACGGAAGACACACGCUUCUCCGCCGCAGCCGCCGCAGAGGGCCCCUCAGAGGCUCUCACCUGGACAGUCGCUGGACUCGUUCUCGCCUUCGUCGGGGGAAUGGCCGUGGCAGGCGCGAUCUGGAGUUGGGCGUGCCUUGUCGAAGGAGCUGUCCACGCUGUCAGGGAUCUGGCAAGCGUGCGGGCACGGCUAACGUCUGCGGCUGUCAUGGUGGCCUUCACGUAUCUGCCUUUUUCAUUCUCGUCUCUUCCGUCUAUCGGCGCUCUUCUCUCGGAUCCUCUGCAGACCCUGCUCAGUCUGCAGUUCAACGAACCGAGUUUGUACGCGGUCACUUGCAGCGAGCGAACUGUGCUUUUGGGCUCGAUCGGUGCAAAGACAGCGGCAUUUUGGACGCCGUUUUUUGGUCUGGGAAGUCGAGGACAUAAGCUCAAGUACUUCAUCGGCCCGCUCCUCUUGUUCCUUCUCUUCGUGGGAAUGACCAGUGAGCACUGGCGUCGCAUCGGUCCGGGGUUCCUCGGCACAGUGUUUUCGCUGUAUCGCUUAUGUUCGCUCCCACGGCAGGAGGGAGUUUGA